UGGCCUUCAUUGGUUGGGUUCAAGCUGUAGAACCUGGCUAAGUGGCUACCUAAGGUGGCUCCACAGGAGUUGCAGCGGUGGGAAUGAGAGUGACGAUCUAAUGAAAGUGAUGACGAAUGAGUCUGGACGACCAUCUAACAGAUUCUCGCUUCGCCUCAGCUCUCAGCUAAUGAGAGGUUUGGUAAGACUUUACCAAAGGAAAGUCACCAUUUUCUUGGGUGAUUUGUGCAUGAUAAACGCAAAUGUUACAAAGAAUGUAAAUAAAAAAUGGAAUAUCCACGAAGUAACAGAGCAAGUGGUUCAUCGUCCACUGCCUCAACUGCCCCGGCAGACAUUGAUUAUUACAGAGGAACCUGAAAUUGAACCGAGGGUUGAAGAAAUGAUUCAAAAUAGUGGAAAUGUUGUGGGGAAUAUACAAGAGAUCACACUGAGAGAGACUGCCCUGCCUGAAAUUAUAGCACCAGUGAAUGAUGGUUUUGGUGAAGAGAACCCCGAGCAAGCUCUCCAAAUGCUCCGCGACCAAACGCUAGAGAUGAUGCUGGUACAAGACGCGUCUGUCGCACAACACAGCGGCUUGGAGCUACUCGACGCGACGACCGACAAGUCGCACGACAAAUCGCGCGGUGUGCACGACGCGCCGCAAAUGGAGCCGAUAUCGGAGCAUGAUGUCACUGUUUUUAGAAAAUCUGUUGGUGAUGAACGGAUGACGAUGGGAGCCCUAGAAAAAGAUAUUCCUGAAAUUCCCGAAAUCCAGCUUCCUGAUUUAUCUGGUCCUCCUCCAGAAAAGCAAAUACAACCGGAGGAGCCACAAAUAGAACUGCCGCUAAUACCAGAGCCAGAGCCACAGAAGGAACCAGAAGAACCUGCUACUAUACAAAGAGAAGUUGUGGAAAUUGAACUAGAGGAGCUUGAAGAGCAGCCCCAAGCCAAGCGUCGUCGCCUGAAGAACAAGCUGAUCAUCGAUAAGAAGAUCAAGCUCAGCGCCGAUUAUCUCAUCACUCGCAUAGAGAACCCAGAGGUGGAGCUGCGAUGCGAAGAUAGCUCGGACGAUAUAGUCCAAAUCCGAGUGCCGGUAGACACGUAUUUCCAUCGGCCCGCGCACGCGGGUGCUUACAUCCACGGGCAGAUCGCGCUACCGCUCACGAGGCUCUUUCAGAGAAGCCUCGGUGUGUUUAGACCGGCUGCGGACGACAGGGAAAUGGAGGAACCCGUUGCGGAAAGAUCUCGCAGAGUUCGCACUAGAUCCGGCCUCGAAAGGAUUGAAGAAGAAGCAGAAAUUCCGCCACUAGACAAAACCACGGCCCAAAUUGACCAGCCAGUCCCCGAAUUAGAAAUGACUCGAGAGAAUCUCAACGCAGCAGAGCUUCUGAACGUGGAGGAACAACCGAACGUGACGAUUCCGAACCCGGAAGACAUAGCUGACUUGCCCACACAGAAGUUAGAGGUGCUCUCCCAAUCCAGGAAACGGACAAGCGAAUAUGAAGUUUCACCCAAAAGACAAAGGCUGAUUGGUUACGUCUCGUUCCGGCAAAGUCAACAGAUGGCUAUCGAAGCAGUGCCUGAUAUUGAAGCAGACAAAGAAAACAUACCGUCCGCGGCGAACAUACAAUCACCUACCAUCGUCCCUCCGCGCUCACCCGGGACGAAUCUCGCUGCUAUCCCAACCGGCCCCCCCCAAUCUCCCGAGAGAAGCCUUGCUGUGAUGUUGCAAGAGGCAGGCCUGGCCGACCUGCCGGGCCCGAAGCCCGCCGAGGACACCCAGCGAAGCACCCGCGAGGGCAGACACGGCAGCGACAGCUCCGAAACACAGCUGGGGAGCUUGGAUAGGACCAAAGUGUCAUUGGGAGACUCUGACCAGACGACGGAUUCGAGGAGAUUUAUACGGUUAGUAUUGUUAGACACGAAAUAUUUACAGGCAGGCCUGGCCGACCUGCCGGGCCCGAAGCCCGCCGAGGACACCCAGCGAAGCACCCGCGAGGCUAGACACGGCAGCGACAGCUCCGAAACUCAACUCGGGAGCUUGGAUAGGACUAAGGUGUCUUUGGGAGACUCCGACCAGACUACGGAUUCGAGGAGAUUUAUACGCUCUGAAACGCAGCUAUGGAGCUUGGAUAGGACCAAAGUGUUGUUAGGAAACUCCGACCAGACGAAGGACUCUAGAAGAUCAGUAUUGAAGAGACGGUCAGUAUUGUUAGAUAGAAAUGAAAUAUGCACAACUGAGUAG